AUGGUUAACAACUCUUCUUCUGCCAUGGGUUCUGCCACCAUGCCUGAUUUCUGCUUCAUACCGUAUGAAAGUCUUAAUCCUUAUUAUAUCAGCCUUCCAAAUUCGAUCCACCCAAUUUGGGUUUUUGUUAUGACUAUCAUUGGCCUYUCUGCCCCACCGACAAUCGCCGUCAACGCCCUCGUCAUAUGGGCUGUGGUUGGGAAUGAAAAUCUUCGCUCCUCUGCCUUCAACAUGUUACUUGCCUCAUUAGCAGUKUCUGAUUUCYUUGCAGGAUUGCUGGUCGAUCCAUUAUAUUGCCUCAUACUUGGAUGUGUUAUGAACAAUUGCCUUCCGAUUGACUGUAUUUUCACUGGGUACAUUUUGUCGCUGACRCUAUGCUGGAGUAUAACGAUGCUGAGCUUCACGAUUGCAAGUAUUGAGCGGUAUUUAGCCAUAGAAAAACCAAAUUUAUAUCUCAGGAUUACGAGAAAACAAGUCAUGACGAUAACAKCAAUUGUCUGCGUUAUAAGUCUGUGUUACUUGUUGAUAAAUACACUUUUACUAUACAAAACCCAUCCAAAUGUAUUGAAAGUUCAAGCAAUUAUAUUAAUGGGUAUUCUAUGUACGAUCAGUUUGUAUUGCUCAUCUAAAGUACAGAUCACAGCUUACCGUCAGAGAAGAACAAUCGCUGCACAGACAGCAUCAGUUCAACAGCCCGACGAACAGCAGCAACAAGAACAACGACUCCAGGAAUACAAGCGAGUGUUCACAAUGACCAUAUUAGUAGUUUUGUCGAUUCUUUUUUACACUCCUUUCAUUAUAGUCUCAGCAAUACAAGCCGUGAUGGAUGAAGAUGUAACGAGUGGUGUUCACCACAUCGCCAUGCCUAUUUGUACGUCAUUUGUCCAACUCCAGUCUCUCAUCAAUCCAAUUAUCAUGUCACUGCGUCUGACCUGCAUUCGUAAAGGCGUUAAAAAUAAGCUUGCUUGCCUUGCACAAGAGAAUAAUUAG